AACUAUGCUGUGAUAUAUUCGGCAUCAGAAUUCACUUCUGCUCAUAUUUGGGGGGAAGUUUGGAGGAAGAAAACAAUCAAGUUGGCUUAGAAGAAACUUUUAAAGAGUUCAAUCUCGCUUGAAAGGGGAAAAUGACCUCCUCGUAUAGCAGCCUUGAUGACAGUAACGAUUCAAACAAAAGGACCAGCUGCCUGAAGCUACUUGCGAUUGUGGCAUGUCUGACUAUUUUGGGAGUUUUGCUGGCCAUCAUCGUGCUGGAGAGACCUCCACCUCCCAAAAACCACGAGAUACUCCCGGGUGACGACGGCUGGAGCAAUUUCUCUAUUGAUCAGUGCAGCAUGGCCCUUGUGGAGAGCAUUCCCGAACAUAUGAAAUACAAAGACAACGUAACAUUCGGGAUUUCUCUGGAACAAGUCUGGAACAAUCUCAUCUCAGUGGCAACAAACCAAGUGGAUGUGGUCUCUUUCUACUGGACUUUAACUGGGGAAGACAUCAGUGUCAACUCUUCCUCUGAUAUGCCCGGAAGGAACAUCCUGAAAGAACUUGAAGAGCUUCCUUCGAGGAAUGUGACUGUCCGAGUGGUAACGAGUGUUCCCACCGUCAGAACAAACUCCACCGAUUUAGAGAUCUUAAAACAAAAAGGAGUUCAUGUGAGAAAGGUGGACUUUGGCCGCCUUGCAAACGGCGUUCUCCACAGCAAGUUCUGGAUUGUCGAUAGGAAACACGUGUUUAUUGGAAGCGCCAACAUGGACUGGAGGGCUUUAACACAGGUGAAGGAACUAGGAGUUGUGAUCUACAACUGCUCCAGUCUUGCGAAGGACCUUCGUAAAAUCUUCCAGUCCUACUGGGUGAUGGGUCAACCCAACAGCUCCUUGCCACAGCCUUGGCCUGCAAACUAUAACACAGACAUCAACAAACAACACCCCCUGCUGGUGAAAGAGAAUAACAUCUCCACCCGGCUGUAUGUGGCAGCUUCUCCUCCGUCCUUCUGUCCUCCAUCGAGGACUCAGGACCUGGACGCUAUUCUCUCCAUCAUCUACGGGGCUCAACACUAUGUUGAUGUAGCUGUCAUGGAGUACUUCCCCACCACGCGCUUUGACAGGCCUCGGAGCAGAUACUGGCCGGUCAUCGAGGAUGCCAUCAAGACGGCCGCUUUCGAGAGGAAAGUGCAUAUCAGGAUGCUGAUCAGCUGCGGGCGGGAUUCUGAUCCAGACAUGUUGCCUUUUCUUCAGUCUCUAGCCUCACUCGACUCUCCUCAGCAGCAUAUCAGCAUCCAGAUAAAACUCUACAUCGUCCCAGUGGCAAACCAGUCCAACAUUCCAUUUUCCAGAGUCAACCACAACAAAUACAUGGUGACUGAUAAAGUAGCCUAUAUUGGUACCUCUAACUGGUCAGGAGACUACUUUCUUACCACUGCUGGAGUGGGCCUGGUGGUAUCCCAGCAUGCAUCUCAACCUGAAAUGAAGAAUACGACCCUGUACAGUCAGCUCAAAGCAGUAUUUAACAGAGACUGGUAUUCAGAGUUUGCUGUGCUCCUCGAUGACCUGGGACACCACCCAGACUGUUCACUAUCGAGAUGACUGAAGCUCUUUUAUGAAUCUUAAGUGCAUUUCAUGACAUUCAAAUCCCGGUUGGGACACAGUAUUUUACUGUUUUUAUGACCUUUUUGUGAGGAACGAUAUUUUUUAAUACAAAUGUCACAUAUGUUGAUUAACCUACUAAAUGUGUCAUGCUACAGUUCUGACUGAACAUGUUUUAGUACAUGUGCAGACAGAUUUACAAUGUUCUUUCAGGCGCAGUGUGAUCAUUCACUGCUGAGCUGAUUGUUUUAAAGCAUGAUAAAUGAAUAUACUGCACAACCAUUGAGUGCAUUUUAAUGUCAUGGUUAAAUAUGUAAACAUGCAUUAGACUUUUGUUGGGUCUCUUGUUGACUUUUGCCACAGCCUACUUGGAUGCUCACUUUGAAGGUACCUGUGGCUGCAGUAUCUAAGUAACACUGACCAGCACAGCACUGCAAAGCCAUGUUUACACCUGCUGGUCUGAUCAGAUAAGCACAGGUUUGAUGGGGAAAGUCAUCAAAGAAAGGCUGAGAAAUCCACCAACUUUGGCCAGCACAGGAAUAUCGGUUGAAUGUGCCAGCACAAUCCUGGAGUUACAGGCAAGGGCAGUGAAAGCUGCAGCUGUGCAAUAAGAACCUCAUCUUUGUUUCUGAUGUGUUGCAUGGAUGUCCUCUGUUUGUUUGUGUCUGCAAUUGUUGAGUUUGUUGAUAGAUUUUUGUACUUUUGUUUGUGUUGGUCUUUGUAUAUGUUUGCACCCAAGUGCAUAUGCUGUCAGAUGGGGUGAGAUCUCACACUAUACAGCAGCUUCCUCUGGGGUACCGCUUGGACUGCCGAUCUGUUUUGCACUUUUUUGCA